AUGCUUGGAAAACUCCCCUCAGUCGCAGCAUUGCUGGUACUCAGCCUGAGCGCCCAGGCAAGCCUAAUCUUCAAAAACAUCGGCACAACCUCAGGCUGGGACAAAAUCAACCAAGAACAUCAUGGCACCGUGAAGCAAGUGACAGACCAGGUGUAUAAGGGCACAACCGCCCUCAAAAUGACCCAAAUCUACGAUGCAAGCUACUCCGGCCGGUACCACUCGGAGGUGGUUAAGAACAAUGUGUACAAGCGCGGCGACACAGGCGCAUACGGAUUCUCCUUCCGACUCCAAGACGACUGGCAAUUCUCCCCUGUGCAAUCCUACGGCAUCGGACAAUUCAUCGCCGACUUCACAGAUAGCGGCUGCGAGGACUGGAUGCCCACAACCAUGAUUGCGCUCAAGGGCAACAAACUCUACUCGCGUGUCAAGCAGGGUACAGUCUGCAAUCAGAAGAUUAAGGGUUUCAACAACCUGGCCACUGUGACUGCAGGUGAAUGGCACCGACUUGAAAUUGAGGCGAAGUGGGAGUCUGGUUCGACGGGAUACUUCAAAGUCUGGUUUGAUGGAAAGAAGGUGUUGGAUGAGCAGAAUAUCAGCACUACCGUCGAGGAUGACCGGGCUUUCCAGUUCCGGGCUGGUCUUUAUGCCAAUGGCUGGCACGACGAUAAGCAGAUGAAGGGAUCCCAGGGGACUCGGCAGAUUUGGUAUGAUGAGAUUGCUGCUGGGACUAAGCUUUCUGAUAUUGCGGCUGAGGCCGAUAUCCAAGCCGGCGAGUGUUGA